GUUUUUUUAUAGUCUCUUUUGCAAGUGUCAAAUUCUCAAAUCGAAAUCACCGAUUUGGGUUGAAUUUCGCAAUAAAUAAAACUUUAUAUUAAUUCCAUAAUUAUAUUCGGCAUUUAUUAAAAACAAAUACAAUGUGUGCCAUUGCAAGACAUAAGUUCCAAGUGCUAUCACUUUAUCGCAUGCUUGUUAGAGAAUCGAAGAAGUUUCCUGCUUACAACUAUAGGAUGUACUUUCAGCGAAGGAUUCGUGACCAAUUUAGAGAGAAUCAAUGCUUAACAGAACCCGAACAGGUUGCACAGCAAUUUAAAUACGGCGAAGAAAUGCUACAACUCAUUCGCAGACAGGUAAUAAUUGGUCAUUUGUACGGUUGUGACAAACUCGCUAUUGAAAAUUAAACAAAGUUGGUGAUAAAAAAAAAGUUAAAUAAAAAGAAUGUAGUUAUACUUUAGUAAGUAAUAAUAAAUCUUAUUAAUUGCCUAUAGAAAA